CGACGCUGUACAAGUUGCGCGUGUUGCGCGCGUGAGCUGUGCUCCUUGAGAUUCAAAUUCAAGUUAAGGAUGAACAACUCGAGGGGAGGGGACUUCACUCCCGGGUGCUUCAGAAUGCUGUACGAGGUGGUGAUGGGUGAUAUGAUGAGGGGAAUGCUGUAUAAGGCAGAGUGAAACGAGGCAGCUGGCCGUGUAGCGACAAGAGGUCGAUAAGAUGGUGAUGGUGCCGACGAUGUUUAAUCACCGUAUUGCCAGUCUGGGCGAGUUGAUUGUUUGAUAGACAGAUGAACAGACAGAUGGAUGGUUUAUUGUAGGUGCGGAUGGCAUCCGUCUCCGGUACAGACCAGCACUGGAGGAUGAUGGAGGGAGGACGAGGACGACGAAGAGGGAGUGGGACAAAGAUGGCUGCUGGGAUAUCAAAGAAGAUGGAGUGGAGGGCAAAAGGGUUUACCGUUGGAAAGACGGCGCGAUCGAGGGAGACGGAUGACGAAGAAUGGUUGGUUGAGAUGGCGCAAGCCUGGGGGAAGGAGGGGGAUGUGAGUGGAGAGCUAAGCCAAGGCAUGGACAAGAACAAGGGUCAGCGAGCAGGGGAACAAAAACCCUGGUUGGCUAUGGUUAGGAAAUGGUGUGUAUGUAUAAGAGUAAGACAAGACACAGUGAGGAAGAGGAUGAGGAGACGACCAGGCGGAGGCGGAGUCGAGCUUUGAGUAGCAAAGAUAAUGAUUAUGGUGAAAGAAACUAUCGUCGAAAGACGUGACAGAAUGCGGUGUAGACGGUUCUGGCGGGAGAAGCAGCGCAAUAUCAAGAGGUGUGU